AUGGCACGGCUCAUCCGUACGAUUCCCGCGCUUCCUACCCUCCUUAUCCUUCUCCUCCUCGCGAUCGUCAUACGGAUCCCUUCCGCAUUCGCGAAUGUCGACCUUUACACCGUGUGUGGUCGACAGGACGCAGAGGAUGGCACGGUGUCGUUCAAAGUAGUCACGUACAGCACGCUGCUCCCCAUCAGCCAGCCAGUCUCGCCGCUUGACGCGGUCAUUCCUCCUAAGGGCCUCGUUAGCGUCACGGGCGACUGCACAUACGCCGUCGACUCAGCUUGCAACAUCGUAACGAAACUCCCCCAAUGCAAGGCCAGCGCGUGCUGCGUCUACUCCAAGGGUCCAUUUCGUCUGGCUCUAAGCCCCUCGUGCUCCUCUCCAGAUUGCCGCGCUUGGGCGACUGAGUUCUCCGGUCGCUGCCUUGGCGGCAUUGUGAGCAGCAACUGUAAUGUGUAG